ACUUAUUCGACGACGACACCUUAAAAGUCCAAACAACGUGCAAACGUGCAAGCGUCAUGCCAGACCUAGCCAGAAGCAACAAUGCCGCUGUCGGUGUGAAGGCGGAUGGCCUUCCUCGAUGGGGCGACGUGCCUUCACAGCAGAACAAUGACAUCAUCGAGGAUUCACCGUCGAGCAAGUUGAAGUCGUCGGCGAACGCGUCCACCAUGCCGCCCUUUUGCAUGAACCGGUCGUUGAAUGCCAAGGUAGCUUUGUGGAAAGGAGCCAUUUGGACAUUGGAAGUCGAUGCCAUCGUGAUCUCGACCAACGAAUCCCUCACAGACGACACCGACGUCAGCGGCGGCAUCCUCAAAGCAGCCGGCAACGAAAUUUACACGGAAAUUCGGUCCGCGGGGACGUGCCGCACCGGCGAUGCCGUGGCUACUCGCGCUUGUCAAUUGCUUGCCAAGAGACUAAUCCACACCGUGGGCCCUCGGUACAACGACAAGUACAAGAACGCCGCGGAAAACGCGCUGCAUUCAAGCUACCGCAACUGCCUCCGCGUGGCCAAAGAGGAGCGCGCGUCGACCGUUGCAUUUCCGUGCAUUUACCGCCGGAAGAAGAACUACCCCCGCGACGAAGCGACCCACGUCGCCCUUCGCACCAUCCGCCGGUUCCUCGAACACUUCGGCGACUCGUUCGACCUGAUCGUGCUGUGCGUGGAGGACACAGGCGACCUGCAAUUGUAUCAAGAGUGGCUGCCCGUCUACUUUCCUCGGUCGACGGACGACGAGGCCGCCGGAAAGCUGGCGCUGGAUGCGCUGCCGCACAUCAACCUCGGCGACGAGUUUGGCGAGCCAGUGAUCGAAGAACGCAAGAUCCGCAUCAGCUCAGUGCCGUUCGUACACGACAACAACCAUGCCGACGACUAUCCACAUGACGAAAUAGCGCUAGGCAGACGCACAACGACCCUGUGUGCGUUGGAUCGCAUGUCGCCGGACGCAAUGGUGACCAAAUCAUUUUGUGAAAUGACCCCAAGCCCAGACAAGGACCGAUUAGAGCUGCUCAAGACCCGACGGCGUACUAGCACGACGGAAGUGCCCCCCGUGGUGUCGUACCAGGCGUACGUCCACCAAGCCAAGCAAGAGGACUUUCAAGAUAUUGCCGCGCUUGGCCUCAUCUACCGGGCGGGGGUCGACCACGCAGGGGGCCCCGUGCUCAUGGUCGUGGGGAAGCAUCUGCCGUCGUCGUCGGUCGAUUUGGAUCGGGUGCUACUCUAUGUCAUCCACGUGAUGGAUGCAGUCGUGGAGCAAAAGUACUCGGUCGUGUAUGCCCACGGAGGUGUGACCGACCAAAACCAGCCCACGUCGACGUGGCUGCACCAGCUCUUUAACACGUUCAGUGCCAAGUAUCGAGACAAUCUCAAGGCGUUCUACAUCGUCGAGGCCUCGAUGUGGCUCAGAAUGACACUGUGGAUGGCCAAAGCCUUUGUUCACAACAGUUUCUACGCCAAGGUCGCGUACGUAGACACAACCGACGCACUCCACCAAGUGGCCCCCAGUCUUCGUCUCCCAGGCGACAAAUAGCCCCCAUAUUGCAUGUAUUUGUAGUACUACAGUAGUAGUCGAUAAUGUCAAAAUAGUCUAUUGAGCAUGUCUUGGGGACGUUGUGGCGAUCGAUCAAGACGACGACGUGGCGGCAUCUGUGACACCGUCCACAAGCACAAUCGAGUGGUUGUCCGAGCCCGCAACCAACUACCAGCCACACGUUAGGACCAUGUCGCACGCAUAUGCGACACCGUACCGUGUCGGACACUCCGUCAACGUCCAAGGCAUUCCAAGGCAAAAUGCCACUGGCCACCGUCGUCACAGUCACGCCACCGUCGCUGGAAUGACGCUCGUAGUCCACCUAGACAACCAGUUCAUGCAUAUAUAUAUAUAUAAUAUAUAUAAUAUAUUGUGGAUUCGAC